AUGCGGUGGAAGACAUUAAUCUUUGUGUUUUGUGUUUUGGGAUUAUCCAAGGCGGACAAUAGUGGAAAUUGUAAAAUCGAUGGCAUAGAAGACGGUCAAUGGACGGUAACGUUUACUCCCACCACCAUCGCUAACGACAAUAAAGCAGAUUUUACUAUCUUUAGCGGAGCUAUUACUGGAAAGUUGGAUGACUUAUCAUGUAAGCCUAACAUAGAUGGCAAAAGCAAUUAUGUGGAUUUUGAAGCAAAGGACGGAAAAUUUAUAAUAAAGACUGCUGCAGAUAUUGUGAAGUUAGAUGAGGAAACUGCUCAAACUACUUCACCAUUGGAUCUUAAUUAUGUUUGUAGUAUGACUUGCGAUUCGGGCUCGAGUGAAUUGCGUGUUGCAGUCAAAAUCGCUGAUUAUAAUAGCCACAAGCCAGUCUUUUCUCAAUCAUCUUACAAGUACACAGUUUCUUCCCCAAUAAUGCCGAAUACAGAUUUUACUUUAAAUGGGGAUGUCAUCAAAGCCAGCGAUUUAGAUUUUUCCAAUAAUGGUAUGACAUUUACAGUGGAUCCCCCACAUUUCAUUAUUACGACAACAUCGGACAGUACAGAUAGUAAUAAAAAAACUUUUGUGGCCAAUAUAAGGGCAAAAAGUGUAGUUCAACUGAAGGAUACCACCACCACUUAUACUUUGACUGCUACAGAUGUAGGCACCAAUCCAGGAACACUUAGCCAAAUUGCUAGUGUUAUAUUUACAAUCGAUGCCGACAACAGUUUGGAUAUUCCGUCUUUCGUAUAUCAGAACAGUCAGACUGACUACACCUUUCAGUACCAAAGCGAUAAGACAUUGAAACCAUUGUCUGGACCUAUUAAGUUGAAUACCCAACGUACAUUAACUGACGAAAACUUUGAACUUUUAGGUGACAUGAAAGGAAAAUUUUCCUAUAAAUACGAUGCUAGCACGAAGGAAAUCACUUUAAGCGCAGAUGAAAUAAAAGAUCCUACCGAUACAUUAACAGUUCUUACACUCAAUAUUAAUAAUGGACAGGUGACUGUUUCGACGCCAAUUAUUAUUUACUUUACAAUGAAUACUGUCAAAUUCAAUGAGCAUAUAUACACCGGCAGUUACGAUGACGCGAAGAAUCAAGUGAAUUUGGAUAAGAAGAUUACAGUAACAAGUACUGGCAAAUCUGAUGUUACUGUUACAAUUUCUGGAGAUUUGGAAAAGUAUUUUAAAGCAGUAAAAGGCACUGAUGCCGGUACUUGGUCUAUUGAAGUAACAUCACCCGCUCCAACAGUGGACGAACUAAAAAAAUACGAAUUUCUCAAUCUGGUACUGACUGCAACUGAAGACGGAGAAACCGACACGGCAAGCCUAUUGGUCAAACUUCCUUCACAUGUACUACAGUUUUCUAAAAUUUUAUACGAAGCUACUUACAAUAACGAUAAUACUGUAACCAUGUCAGAUAAGAUUGCGUUUACUACGGAUGUGUCGUCUGUGGAUAUAACCGUGGAUACAAAUUAUGAAAAAUAUUUCGAAAUAAGCCAGGAGGACAAGAAUUACAUCAUAAAAUCAACAACUACAGCGCUACCAGAUGAUAUUCUCAAACAGCAGACAGAAAUUGCAAUCAUCAUAACCGCAAAAGAUAGCUACCAGAAUACCCAGCAGGCAGUUGUGAAGAUGACCUUGCCAGAAAUUAACAAUGAAAAGGGGCCGAAGUUUUCUAAAUCUUAUUACAAAUCCGAAUACAAGCAAGACCAAACGGAUGAAUACUUGGACUUUACGGAUCCUGUAUCUUUUGAAAACGUGGACGAUAUAACAACAGUUAAAAUCGGUCUAGAUGCAUACAGUGACAAUUUUGAAAUAGUCUAUGAUACAACUCAAAAGAAAUGGCGAGUACAUAUAAAAGUUCCAUUAACUUCUAAGGACUUCGAUUCUUUGACAGAAAUACUUGUAAUCAUGGAAGUUACAGAAACAGGAGUCACGAAAACUGGAAAAUCCGUAUUGGUCAUAGACCUUACAACUGAAGUAGCUCCUCAAUUCGUUGAUUUGUAUUAUGCAGCUGAAUAUAAACAAAGUGAAACGAAUUAUAUAGAUUUUAAAACAAAUGUUGCAUUUGCGAAAGAGAUUGAUCCAAAAAAUUUACAGAUAACACUUGAUACUUACACAGAAAAUUUCGCGGUAACUUAUGAUACAGCUCAAAAGAAAUGGCGUAUACAAAUAAAAUCCCCUUUGGAUUCUAAAGAUUUUGAGUCUUUAUCAGAAAUCGUUUUGACUAUGGAAGCUACUGAGUCAGGAGUCACUAAAACAGGAAAAUCUGUAUUGGUAAUAGAACUUAUUACUGAAGUCGGUCCUCAGUUUUCCAAAUUGUACUAUGCGGCUGAAUACAAACAAAACCAAAAAGACUACAUCGAUUUUAUCGAAGAUGUUACUUUUACCAAAGAGAUUGAUCCAAACAAUUUAAAAGUAACACUGGAUACUUACACGGACAAUUUUGCAGUCACUUACGAUACAGCCCAAAAGAAAUGGCGCAUACAAAUAAAAUCGCCUCUGAAUUCUGAAGAUUUUGACUCUCUAGCAGAAAUCGUUCUGACUAUGGAAGCUACAGAGACUGGCGUUUCUAAAACAGGAAAAUCGGUUUUGGUAAUAGAAAUUAAGAAGGACGAAACAGCAACUGCACCACAGUUUACCGAUCUGUACUACGAGGCUGAAUAUAAACAAAGUCAAACAGAUUAUAUAGAUUUUAAAACAGAUGUUGCUUUUACCGAAAAAAUUGAUCCAAAGAAUUUAAAAAUAACACUAAAUACUUAUACCGAUAAUUUCGGAGUGACUUAUGAUACAAAUCAAAAUAAAUGGCGUAUACAAAUAAAAUCUCCUCUGAAUUCUGAAGAUUUUAACUCUUUAUCAGAAAUAAUUCUAACCAUGGAAGCUGCAGAGUCAGAAGUCACUAAAACAGGAAAAUCAGUGUUGGUUGUCGAACUGAAAACAGACGCAACUGAAGUGGGACCACAAUUUAAGGAUUUAUACUAUCAAUCUGAAUACAAACAAAGCCAAACUGAUUAUAUAGACUUUAAAACAGAUGUUGGUUUUACCGAAAAUAUUGAUCCAAAAAAUUUAAAAAUAGCUCUAGACACUUAUACGGACAAUUUCGCGGUAACUUAUGAUACAGCUCAAAAGAAAUGGCGUAUACAAAUAAAAUCCCCUCUGGAUUCUAAAGAUUUUGAGACCUUAUCAGAAAUCGUACUGACCAUGGAAGCUACUGAGUCGGGAGUUACUAAAACUGGAAAAUCUGUGUUGGUUAUCGAACUCAAAACAGAUGCAACAGAAGUGGGACCACAAUUUAAGGAUUUAUACUAUCGAUCUGAAUAUAAACAAGGCUCAACUGAUUAUAUAGAUUUUAAAACAGAUGUUGCAUUUGAAGAAGACGUUGCUGCGGAGAAACUAAAAAUAACGUUGGACACUUAUACAGACAAUUUCGCGGUAAUUUAUGAUACAGCUCAAAAGAAAUGGCGCAUACAAAUAAAAUCUCCUCUGGAUUCUAAAGAUUUUGAAUCCUUAUCAGAAAUCGUACUGACCAUGGAAGCUACAGAGUCUGGAAUUACUCAAACUGGAAAAUCUGUGUUAGUUAUCGAACUCAAGACAGACGCAACAGAAGUGGGACCACAAUUUAAAGACUUGUACUAUCAAUCUGAAUAUAAACAAGGCCAAACUGAUUACAUAGAUUUUAAAACAGAUGUUGUAUUUGAAGGAGACAUUGCUGCGGAGAAACUAAAAAUAUCACUGGACACCUAUACAGACAACUUCGCGGUAACUUAUGAUACAGCUCAAAAGAAAUGGCGUAUACAAAUAAAAUCUCCUUUGGAUUCUAAAGAUUUUAAAUCCUUAUCAGAAAUCGUACUCACCAUGGAAGCUACAGAGUCUGGAGUUACUAAAACUGGAAAGUCUGUGUUGGUUAUCGAACUCAAAACAGAUACAACAGAAAUGGGACCACAAUUUAAGGACUUAUACUAUCAAUCUGAAUAUAAACAAGGCCAAACUGAUUAUAUAGAUUUUAAAACAGAUGUUGCUUUUGAAGGCGACGUUGCCGCGGAGAAACUAAAAAUAACGUUGGACAGUUAUACAGACAAUUUUGCGGUAACUUAUGAUACAGCUCAAAAGAAAUGGCGCAUACAAAUAAAAUCCCCUCUGGAUUCUAAAGAUUUUGAUUCCUUAUCAGAAAUCGUACUCACCAUGGAAGCUAUUGAGACGGGAGUUACUAAAACUGGAAAAUCUGUGUUGGUUAUCGAACUCAAAACAGACGCAACAGAAGUGGGACCACAAUUUAAAGACUUAUACUAUCAAUCUGAAUAUAAACAAGGCCAAACUGAUUAUAUUGAAUUUAAAACGGAUGUUGCUUUCGUGGAAACUAUUGAUCCGAAGAACUUAAAAGUAUCACUUGACACUUAUACCGACAAUUUCGCAGUAAUUUACGACACCACACAAAAGAAAUGGCGUAUACAAAUAAAAUCCCCUCUCGAUUCUAAAGAUUUUAAGACCUUAUCAGAAAUCGUACUGACCAUGGAAGCUACUGAGACGGGAGUUACUAAAACUGGAAAAUCUGUGUUGGUUAUCGAACUCAAAACAGACACAACAGAAGUGGGACCACAAUUUAAAGACUUAUACUAUCAAUCUGAAUACAAACAAGGCCAAACUGAUUAUAUAGAUUUUAAAACAGAUGUUGCUUUUGAAGGAGAUAUUGCUGCGGAGAAACUAAAAAUAACGUUGGACACUUAUACAGACAAUUUUGCGGUAACUUAUGAUACAACUCAAAAGAAAUGGCGUAUACAAAUAAAAUCCCCUCUGGAUUCUAAAGAUUUUGAUUCCUUAUCAGAAAUCGUACUCACCAUGGAAGCUACAGAGUCUGGAAUUACUAAAACUGGAAAAUCUGUGUUGGUUAUCGAACUCAAAACAGACACAACAGAAGUGGGACCACAAUUUAAAGACUUAUACUAUCAAUCUGAAUAUAAACAAGGCCAAACUGAUUAUAUUGAAUUCAAAACAGAUGUUGCAUUUGAAGGAGAUGUUGCUGCGGAGAAACUAAAAAUAUCACUGGACACUUAUACAGACAAUUUUGCGGUAACUUAUGAUACAGCUCAAAAGAAAUGGCGUAUACAAAUAAAAUCUCCUCUGGAUUCUAAAGAUUUUGAUUCCUUAUCAGAAAUCGUACUCACCAUGGAAGCUACAGAGUCUGGAGUUACUAAAACUGGAAAAUCUGUGUUAGUUAUAGAACUCAAAACAGAUGCAACAGAAGUGGGACCACAAUUUAAGGACUUGUACUAUAAAUCUGAAUACAAACAAGGCCAAACUGAUUAUAUUGAAUUCAAAACAGAUGUUGCAUUUGAAGGAGAUGUUGCUGGGGAGAAACUAAAAAUAUCACUGGACAUUUAUACAGACAAUUUUGCGGUAACAUAUGAUACAACUCAAAAGAAAUGGCGUAUACAAAUAAAAUCCCCUCUGGAUUCUAAAGAUUUUGAUUCCUUAUCAGAAAUCGUACUCACCAUGGAAGCUACAGAGUCUGGAGUUACUAAAACUGGAAAAUCUGUGUUAGUUAUCGAACUCAAGACAGACGCAACAGAAGUGGGACCACAAUUUAAGGACUUAUAUUAUGAAUCUGAAUAUAAAAAAGACCAAACAGAUUAUAUUGAAUUUAAAACAGCUGUUGCUUUUGAAGAAGACAUUGAUCCCAAUAAUAUAAAAAUAUCACUGGACACUUAUACAGACAAUUUUGCGGUAACUUAUGAUACAACGCAAAAGAAAUGGCGUAUACAAAUAAAAUCUCCUCUGGAUUCUAAAGAUUUUGAAUCCUUAUCAGAAAUCGUACUCACCAUGGAAGCUACAGAGUCUGGAAUUACUAAAACUGGAAAAUCUGUGUUGGUUAUCGAACUCAAAACAGACACAACAGAAGUGGGACCACAAUUUAAAGACUUAUACUAUCAAUCUGAAUAUAAACAAGGCCAAACUGAUUAUAUUGAAUUCAAAACAGAUGUUGCAUUUGAAGGAGAUGUUGCUGCGGAGAAACUAAAAAUAUCACUGGACACUUAUACAGACAAUUUUGCGGUAACUUAUGAUACAACUCAAAAGAAAUGGCGUAUACAAAUAAAAUCCCCUCUGGAUUCUAAAGAUUUUGAUUCCUUAUCAGAAAUCGUACUCACCAUGGAAGCUACAGAGUCUGGAGUUACUAAAACUGGAAAAUCUGUGUUAGUUAUAGAACUCAAAACAGAUGCAACUGAAGUGGGACCACAAUUUAAGGACUUGUACUAUAAAUCUGAAUACAAACAAGGCCAAACUGAUUAUAUUGAAUUCAAAACAGAUGUUGCAUUUGAAGGAGAUGUUGCUGGGGAGAAACUAAAAAUAUCACUGGACAUUUAUACAGACAAUUUUGCGGUAACAUAUGAUACAACUCAAAAGAAAUGGCGUAUACAAAUAAAAUCCCCUCUGGAUUCUAAAGAUUUUGAUUCCUUAUCAGAAAUCGUACUCACCAUGGAAGCUACAGAGUCUGGAGUUACUAAAACUGGAAAAUCUGUGUUAGUUAUCGAACUCAAGACAGACGCAACAGAAGUGGGACCACAAUUUAAGGACUUAUAUUAUGAAUCUGAAUAUAAAAAAGACCAAACAGAUUAUAUUGAAUUUAAAACAGCUGUUGCUUUUGAAGAAGACAUUGAUCCCAAUAAUAUAAAAAUAUCACUGGACACUUAUACAGACAAUUUUGCGGUAACUUAUGAUACAACGCAAAAGAAAUGGCGUAUACAAAUAAAAUCUCCUCUGGAUUCUAAAGAUUUUGAAUCCUUAUCAGAAAUCGUACUGACUAUGGAAGCUACAGAGUCUGGAAUUACUAAAACUGGAAAAUCUGUCUUAGUUAUCGAACUCAAAAAAGACACAACAGAAGUGGGACCACAAUUUAAGGACUUAUAUUAUGAAUCUGAAUAUAAACAAGGCCAAACUGAUUAUAUAGAUUUCAAUACAGAUGUUGCUUUUACAGAAACUAUUGAUCCGAAAAAUUUAAAGAUAGCAAUCAGUGAUUAUGCUGAUAACUUCGCGGUGGAAUACAGUUCGGACAAAUGGCGGAUUAAAAUCACCAAACCACUGGAGGACUCCGUAUUCGACACCACAACAGACUUGAUUUUAGUCAUGGAGGCUAGUGAAACUGGAAAAUCUUCAAAGGGUUCAUCGGUACUUGUAAUUAAAUUAACGGGUUCUUCUGUUAAUGAUAAAGUUCCGAAAUUCAAAGAUGUUUAUUACACCGCCGAAUAUCCCAAAGAGGGCAAAGGGACAAUUCCGUUUGAUCAAAAAAUUACUUUCGAAAAUGUAGCUGAUAUAAACAAGGUGAAAAUAUUAGUUUCUGAUUAUAAGGACUACUUCAGUAUUGCUUACGAUAAAACAAAGACAGCUUGGUUUAUAACCAUCGUCAAACCAUUAGACCUAAACGUACUAACUGGAUCAGUAAUAACGACACUAUCUGCUACAAUAGAUGGGGAUGACGUGCAUAAACCAGUCGCUGCUUUUACUUUAAAACUUCCGGAACUUACUGCUCCUAUCUUCACCAAACCAUAUUAUCGAGCAGAGUACAUCGUCUCUGGUACUACAGCAACUGUAAAUUUGGUCGAUAAAAUCGAGUUUGGUGCUAACGUUGAUGUCAGUAACAUCGAAAUAACGUCUGAUGAUUAUUCCAAAUAUUUUUCAUUUACGUAUGAGGACAAGCAAUGGAAAGUCAUCACAAAGGGCAUACUAGACCUUAAAGAGCUGGAUCGGUCCGAUCUAGUAGUUUCCAUUACAGCCACUGACAAAACCACCAAACUGACCAGCGCUUCUAUCAUCGAUCUCAAAUUACCCCAUGUGAACACCGAUGAUGCUCCGAAGUUUGUCAAAACAUAUUAUACUGCUAGCUACAUUAUAUCUGGUGACAAGGCUACUGUAACUCUUGACGAACAGUUUACAUUCAGCAACAGGAAUGACCCAAAGAGUGUUACUUUAACUACUGAUAAAUACCAGGAUAACUUUAAAAUAGAAUACACUGAUGGAAAAUGGACUAUAACUGUUGACAGAAAUCUAGAUGACGCCACACUAAACUCCAAUGAUAUAGUGAUGUCUCUUAUAGCUACAGAUUCCACUACCAAAGACGUAGGCGAAUGUACUUUGCUGAUGGGGCUGCCGAAAAUUAAUAGCAAAGAUGCACCUCAAUUUGACAAAGCUUAUUAUCAGUCGGAAUGCGAUGACUCUACCACAAGUUUGGAUACAGAAAUAGCGAUAAACAAUAAAGAUGAUAAAUCGACAAUUACUAUUAGUAUCCUUGAAGACGAAUACAAAUCCAACUUCAAAAUCAGUUUUGACGAAACAUCCAAAGUUUGGAAGGUAGAGGUGCUGUCAGUGCCAAAGAUUGUAACAUCCACAAACGAUUUAAUCUUGACUUUAAUAGCUACAGAAAAGGACAACAAAGAACUUGGACAAGCAACUUUGGUUUUGAAUUUCCCUGCAGUAACGGCUCCUAAAUUUUCGUCUAUACUAUAUCGCGGUAGCUACAAAGCUGAAGAAGCAAGUUCUUUCGAAAUCAGCGAUGUUAAAAUUACAAACAAAGACAAGCAAGAUAAUAUUCAACUUAAAUUAUCUUUAGAUGGUAAUACAGAUAUUUCAAAAUACUUCAAGUUCACUCUCAAGGACAACGUAUGGAAAAUAACUUUAAUUGAUCCUCUCUCCGAUGGUGAUAUCAAAGGAAAAACAGAACUGAUUUUGACUUUGUCAGCAACCGAACAGGAUAACACCGAAAUAGGCUACGCUACUGUCAUAAUUUCCCUGGAAGAUAACGCCGUUACAUCUGACCUAACCUUCUCUGAUGUCUACUACAGCGCUGAAUAUAUCAAGUCUAGUCCUUUACCAAAUAUUAAGUUAAGUAAAGACAUUAGUUUGAAAUCGACUAUGGACCUGAAAGAUGCUGUUGUUGAAUUCGUAGUUACUGAUGAUUUCAAUGCCAACACCUAUUUAGAGGUUACAUCUACUGAAACUGCAGGCGUUUACACCAUUUCUAGUAAAAACGAACUGCCCGAAAAGAUCCUAGACGCACCCAGUUUGAGUCUAGUUCUGCAAGCAUCAAUAGAUAAACUCCCCAAGGUCUACGCUACUUUAGUAAUUGAUCUUCCAGUAGAAGGGGAGAGUAAUUCGAUAGAUUUUUCGAAAAUAUUAUAUGAGGCAACCUAUACUAUUAGCAGUGACGACCAACGUUCAUUUGAGUCCGAUGAAAUCACUAUUGAAACAAAAGAAGCUGCUAGUGAUCUCAAAGUUAAAAUUUCACCUGAUUCUAUAUAUAGCUCGUACUUUACUGUUAAGCAGGACAACUAUAAAGUUACUAUAACCGUAGAUGCUCUAAUUCCUUCUAGUAUUUAUGAAAAGGUAUCUGUAAUUCCCCUAGCUCUUGAAGCUACAUCAUCAGGAACACAGAAUGUUGGAAAAACUGUCGUCAAUGUCAAUAUAAACUACAAUAAAGGUUCCGUUAAAUUCAGCUCGUCCCUUUAUAACGGAAAGUACACCCUUAAAGACGGAGAAGCUACCACAUCUAUUGAUAUCAUUACAUUGACUACAGACCAAGAUGCAGAACAAAUAUUGGUUGAGAUAGACAACGAGUACAAGAAAUAUUUUGAUGCUUCAUACGCCCAAUCCGAAGUCAAAAUAACUAAAAAAGCCGAUAUACCAAUAGCUGAGCUUAAGGAAAUUGCAACAAUAUCUAUACAAUUGAAAGCAACGAUCAAGAAUUCCAAAGUCGAGGACAACACUGUAAUAAACUUAUUGGUCAUUACCGAUGAUACUCCGACACCAGAUCAAGGAAAAAUAAGUUUUGCCAGCUUUGUAAAUACUGGCGAGUAUUCCGUACUAAAUGGAGUAGGAGAAUUUAAAGAAGAUAAUGAUAUUAAACUUACGACAGAUAGACAAAACGAUGAAAUAGAAGUGAAAUUCAGCGAUGACUCCAAUUUUAAAGACAAGUUUAGGAUUUCCUACAAAGAUCAAGUAGUAACGGUAGAAAAGAUAGAGGACUUGUCCAAUGAAGAUUUCCAAUCACAUACCUAUAUUUCGUUAGAAAUGAUCGCUACUAUUAUAAAGUCGAAACAGAGCUCCUCAGCUGUGCUAAACAUCCGCAUGAACAAUAACGGAGGUAGUGAUAGUGAACAUAUAUCCUUUGAGUAUCCUGCUUACAAAGGUCUUUACAAUAUAUCGAAUAAUAUGGUUGAUUUAGAUUAUGACAAAAUAACUGUAUCCACGGACCAAACAGAUGAGAAUCUUGAAGUGAAAAUAGCGGAGCCAUACAAUGAAUAUUUCGAUAUAGUUUGUACCAAUAAACUGAUUCAAAUCAGUCUGAAGGAUAAAGCUGCCAGUAACACUCUUAGAAGUUUAACGAAUAUUCCAGUAGUAGUGUCUGCACAAAUCAAGGAUACAACCCAUACAGCAACUACGGUGGUUAAUUUAGAAGUUAGAGAUUACGACAACAAUAAUAAGCCUGAAGAAUCUAUCCAUUUCCCGAAAUUGGUCAACGACGCUCAGUAUAUUGUAGCAAAAGGAGAAUUUAGCAGUACUGAUAUGGUUGUUGUUACUAAUGUUUUAGAUGAAUAUAUAGAGUGUGAUUUAUCAAAUGAGUACAAUUAUGAAAAAUACUUCCAUUGUAGUUAUGAACACUCACGAGUACAAAUAACUCUUUCUAGUACACUACCUCGAGACGAACUGAAAAAAACGAACAACAUUGCAUUGACUGUGCGUGUAUCCGACAAGCUUAGAGAAGGUGUUUAUGGAGAUGCUAUACUAAACAUUGCGCUUAAACAUACCGUGACAGAGAAAGAAAUGAAUGAGACUGGUUACAUUGUGGCUAUUUCAAUUCUUUCAGUUUUGAUGUUUAUAUUGCUAGCAGGAACAGCAGGUUUUUACUAUUAUAAAUUCAGAAAAUCGAGAUAUGAAAAGAUGACCGAAGAAGAAUAUAUGAACAGUAAAGUUCGAUUCGACAAAAGCUCAUUAAAGAGGCCAUCAAACAGAGAUUCAACACAUCGAUCAAGUGCAAUCGAAGAGAGACGACCCACCGGUUUUAUCUUCAAUAGCGCCAUAGCAGAAGAGGAACCGAGAGAUUCUAGCACAGAUCCGGAUAUGAAAGAAAGAAAAAAAUCGGUAGCUUUCGAUGAGAACGUGGAGAAGCUCCAGAUAGAUAGUGUGAACGACGAUGACAUCGAUAAAGCUUUAGAAGAAGUUAGCAGCGAAGAAGCAUCAGCAAAAGUUUAGUAAAAGCAUGUUUUACUGACGUGUAAAUGCAGAUUGUAGGCAAAAAUGUAUUAUAGAUCUUCGGAUGGAUGUUCUUUUUUUGUAUUAAUAUUAUAUACGAGAUAUGUGAUAGAAAAUAAUCUAUUUUAAGAAUAAAGUUAUUUUUUAAUU